AUGGAGAUGGUGGAAGGCGCCAACGCAUUGCAUCACUGCAAUGAAGUCCUGAACGUCAGUGUUAAGUUUUGCAGAAUUGGGGCCAAGAUGGAGGACGAGGACGUGGCGAUCUGCUUGUUGCGCAGCCUCUCCGAGAGCUACAAAAACGUAAGUCUCAACUUGGAGAUGACCAGCGCGGAACUGCGGACGCAUGACUAUGCGAAAAUGCUCACGAGUAAGCAUAUCAAGAGAAAAGGCGAGAAGACAACGUCGGCUAAUGCUGAAGAAGCAAGCAAGGCCUUCAAUACCGAGCGUGAGUCUCGCUGGUGUACCUUCUGCGGAAAUUCGGUGAAUACGGUGGACCGGUGCUGA